AUGAGUAAAUCAUCCAUUACCCCUCCAUCUGAUAGUUUCGAAGCCAUGGAAUCCAAGAAAGUCGAGCAUAUCGCGACAAAUGACAAAGUGCCCGGCCAUAGCAACUACUAUGAGAAAGACGGACUUCGAACAUAUGGCGACGAUGAAGAUCAUGAUCAUGAACCCGAAAUGUCGAUGCGACGCUUCAUGAGUCUAGUCGCGAUGGCAUUUUUGUGGACCGGAUCACAAAUUCCUGUGUAUAUUUUUGGUGCCAUUCCACCUUACAUUUAUUCUGAUAUUGGGGGCGUCGAUCGGUGGAUAUGGCUUGUCCUUGCAAACCUCCUUGCGCUGGCGGGAGUGUGCCCAUUUGUUGGAAGUCUUUCUGAUAUCCUCGGUCGUCGUUAUGUCGCACUUUUGGGUGCUCUUUUCAUUGUCGUCGGUAUGAUAGUUUGUUCGACCGCUCAGACUAUGAAUAUAUUCAUUGGAGGAAUGGCAAUUGCGGGUAUUGGAGCCGGCAUCAAUGAACUUACUGCUUUAGCAGCCACAGCCGAAUUAGCCCCUACCUCGAAACGUGGAAAGUAUGUGGCCAUUCUCGUCUUCACCAUCCUCCCAUUCUGUCCAUCUGUAAUGUGGGCCCAGCUCAUAGCUUCGCAUGGCGGAUGGCGUUGGUGCGGAUUGCUAUGCGGAGUAUGGGCAUUCAUCGGCUUCGCCCUUACUCUCGUGUUCUAUUUCCCUCCUCCUCGAGUCAACUCGAUAGGUUUAUCCAAUCGGGAAAUCAUACAACAAAUUGACUUUGUGGGCGGUUUCUUGAGUGUAGCAGGAAUGAUUCUAUUCAUGGCUGGUAUGCAAUGGGGUGGCUAUCAAUACGACUGGAAUUCGGCGCAUGUUCUAGUACCUUUAAUCUUGGGGGCCGUCUUGCUGAUUAUUUUCUGUUGUUGGGAAAUUUACGGGACGAAGUAUCCCAUGUUUCCAUCUCGUUUGAAGCAAGCACCAAGAAUUCUGGCCUUGACACUUGUCAUAACAUUUAUAUCCGGUGCCAAUUUUUUUAGUAUCAUCAUGUUCUGGCCCACUCAGGCUUUCAACGUAUAUGGACAUGAUCCGAUUGGCGUAGGAGUCAGAGGCAUACCAGUCGGCUUCUCGAUUUUAGCAGGAGCUUGUAUUGUUUUGUGGUUGCUGAGUGUCCUUAAAGGAAGAAACAAGGAAUUGAUGAUCGUGAGCUCAGUGUUCAUGACAGCCGGAUGUGGUGCACUAGCAUGCGCAAACAGACAUAAUCUAUCAACACUGUGGGCUCUUCUUAUAAUCGCUGGAUUAGGCAUAGGUGGUAUCGUCGUGCCAGCUUCGAUAAUAACGACUAUAAUAUGCCCCGAUGACUUGAUUGCGACCGUUUCUGCUCUUACCCUCUCGAUCCGAGUAAUUGGUGGUAGUAUAGGCUAUUGUAUCUACUACAAUGUUUUUGUGAGCAAGUUUGUUCCUGCUGCCACUUUGCAUAUCGGAGGUGUUAUGGCUCGACAACUCAAUAUUACAAACAAGACUCUUAUAGGAGAAGCUAUUCACUAUACAUCUGCGUCCCUUCUUCCAUUGCUCAAGACAAUACCAGGAAUUUCAGGGAAUGAGACCGCUUAUCAGAUGGUGGUAAUUGCAGGGCAGGAAGCAUAUGCCGAAAGUUAUGUUUAUGUGUACUAUGCUAGCACAACAUUUGGAGCCGUGAGCAUUCUUGCGGCUUGUUUCCUUGGUGAUAUUAAUGCAUAUAUGGAUGACCACGUAGCGGUGAUUAUGCAUUAA